GGCUAUUCAGAAUUAGCUAGUUUCUCUAACUAUUUUUCAUUCGGUAUCUUUUAUGCAAAUGUUGAUGACGCGGUGUCAUGAUUCGAUCAGCUGUCCGUUUUUCGUGGAAUCAUCAAUGAGUUGUGGGCAAGGUUGUGGGGCUUUAUAAGAUUUGAAAAUCACACUUGGCAACGCAGGAUCCCCACAAAGAUGCCCGACGGCCUUCACAAAGGUUAUUUGGCGAUGAUGUAGAAAUGUGAACAGCUGACUAUUUGUUUAAAAUAUAGAUAAUAAAUCAUCGCGUAAUACGACUGAAGAUGAACGUAUACUGGCACUACUUGCAGAUUGUUUGUACUUUCCUAGCCUUACAGUAUGUUAACACCUUAUCACACCUCCCAAAAUCUGGAAAAUGCCCAGAGACCAAAUAUCAUGACUGGGACUAUCUGGUCUUCUCUCAAAGGUGGCCAAUAACAGCCUGCCUUCUAUGGGAGGAAAAAAAAGAAGGUAAUGCUUGUGACAUGCCACCUGCAAUGGCUACUUGGAAUGUGCAUGGCAUAUGGCCUACAAAGACAGGAAUGGAAGGUCCAUUCUGCUGUCCCAGUGCCAUUCACUUUGACCCCACUCAAUUGCAGCCAUUUCUUACUGAUCUUAACAACAAUUGGACCAAUAUUGAAGGAGGUACCAAAGAGUACUCGUUCUGGAGACACGAAUGGGAGAAGCACGGGACAUGCGCGUCAGUUUCGCCAUUUUUAAAUAGCAUCCAGAACUAUUUCCGGCAAGGUCUAGAAUGGAACAAGCAAUACAAACUAUCCAACAUCUUGGAACAAAGCAAAAUCGUCGCUGGCACUUCCGGUUACUCUCCAGGACAGAUUUUCGACGCGGUUAAAUCUGUCAUCAAAGUCAAACCAACGAUCCAAUGCGAAGUAGAUCAUAAAACGAAGGAAUCGAUGAUCAGCGAAAUUCGCAUCUGCUUCAAUAAGUCUUUAGAGCCUAUAGAUUGUGAUCACUCCGACUCUGUUACUAGCGGAGCUGCCAUAACUAACUGCGACUUGAACAAACCUGUUAUGUAUUUCUCUGAGAUGCCAAGCACAGAUAUGUCCUAUGAGGUGGAUUACAUAGAUGAUGGAUUCAGGCAACAUUUUGAAGAGCAGAUGUAUUAUUUACAGGUGUAUAAGUUUUUAAAGUUUAUUAUUUGGUUUACAACGUAAUUUGUGAUAUUGGUUUAGGGUAAUUUAUUUAUUUUCAAAUUUUGAGGUAAUUUUGGUGUACAAACUAGAGAAAACUAAUAAGUGAGUUUCAUUUGGUAUUAUUUACAAGUGUUUGAGUUUUAGAUGUAAUUUGUGAUAUCCAAGAGACAUGAUAUCUGCAGUGAUUAAGCACCAUCCUAUGGGCCUUUGUCCUCAAAAUAUAACCUCAUUAGUGUUUGAUAGAAGACGAAAAGCUAUCAGAUAAAUGGUUGAAAACCGUCAAUAAAAAAUUGCAUAUCUCAAAAUAGAGUUUGAGGAUCUCAACUUAGCAGCGUCUAACAGUAUUCUUAUUUCUUUGAAUCACCUCUUAUUAACACUAAACAUACCAACACUUAUUACAUACCUGUUUCUACCACAGUCAGUCAAAUGAGUUUAUGUUUCCUGAUUGUAUGUAUGGAACAUGGAUGCUAGGAAGGAAAUAAACAGAUUAGCAUCAUUAGCAAAAAUUAUGAAGUCAAAUGUGCAAAGGUUAAUGGUAUGUUUAGGGUAAAAUAGUCUUAUAUUAUUGUUAAAAACAUAUUCUGAUGCAAUAGAGGUUGUUACAUGAGUAAUUCUGAAACAAUAUUUUAACUAUUUCUGUUUUUUUACAGUGUUAUCCCAAAAGUGGAAACGGUACUGAGAUUUUGCCACAAUACAAAGUUAUAACUAAUUAUUAAAUUGGCUGUUUUAAUUUUUUUGCGCUUACAUUAAAUUUGGUUGCUCAAAUUUUUAUUAUUCUUAGUUGAAAAUUAAAUUUUCUCGGUUACAUUCACCCAUUUUUUCACUUUUUUCUCUUUACAAUGAAUUUUUGUGAUUUGCCAUGAUGUAAUGUUUCUACUUGAUUGUAUAUUUUUGGUAGAUAAUAGUUGUAUAUAUUCAUUUUAAAAUUUAUACUCUAGAGAUAUAUUUUCUGUGUAAAUUAGGUUGCUGUAAUUUUAUUUUUGGAAAAAAUAUUACUUUUACACACUA